CCAUGCCCAUCAUGGGAAGAAUGGACGGAAUGGAGUUCUUGCAGCAGUUCAUGUGGAGAAGGUCUACAGACUAGGUCCCGGGAAUGCAACACAAUUGGAGGCUGUGAGGGUAAAAGCACUGAGACUAGGGCAUGCGAUGAGGGCAUAUGCGCAGAGUGGUUACCAUGGAAUGAAUACUCCGAGUGCAGCAAACCAUGUGGCUACGGAAACAUGACAAGGACUAGGGAGUGUACAAUUCAAGAUGGCUGCGACGGCAGAAGUGAGGAAACUAAGGAAUGUCACCUGAAAGAUUGUUGGCUGGAAUGGAACGAGUGGUCUGAAUGUAGUGCAACGUGUGGAUCUGGUAGUAAAACAAGGUCAAGGUCAUGUUCGUCAGAGGUCGCCUCCGACUGUCCCGGGAAUGCUGUUGAAUCGGCAGGCUGCACACGACCAGAAUGUACUUACUCCGAGUGGACUGAUUGGAGUCCGUGCAGUCAAUCAUGUCAUAAAGGAACUCGUCAAAGACAAAGGGAGUGCCUUGCAGAAUCAUGUGAGGAAAACCUGGAAGAGACAGAGGAUUGUUUUACAUGUUGUCAGCCUCUUGACUCCAACAACCAGCCAGUAACUAAGUAUUUCUACAAGAUCGAUACUGACUGUACAAUACUUAACUUAGACGUCCAGACAUCUACAUAUGUGCCCGUCUGCAACAAACAGUGGGGUACAUCUGUGUUGGAAGCUAGAAAGACAAAGAAGAAAUGUUGUCUCAAAAGCGACAUCCUAGUAAUCAAGGCAAAUGUCAAUGGAAUUAAAACUGAAGUGAAUGCUCUGAAAGGGAAGAUGGAAGGACUUGAGAGGGGAGUCGCUGAAAUAUUGCAAUACAUAAAGAAAGAGGUUGCUUGUCGUCGGAAUCCUGUUGAAUGUACUUACUCCGAGUGGACUGAUUGGAGUCCAUGCAGUCAAUCAUGUCACAAAGGAACUCGUCAAAGACAAAGGGAGUGCCUUGCAGAAUCAUGUGAGGAAAACCUGGAAGAGACAGAGGAUUGUUUUACAUGUAAGCCGUGUUCUUUACUAAUGAAUGCUUUCGUAAAUCCACAAAAGUUGGCUCUUGACUUUAAUCGCAAAAAUAUAGAGGUUAUCAACGCAAAACUACAUUUCACAUAA